UGUCUCGAGCACAGAGUACAGUCGAAUCUUGACAUGUGUCGUUAGUUAGCUCUAUAAUGUUAAUUUUAAAAGAAACAUUCUAAAUUUGUUUGUAAUGUAAUAUAAUAUAGUUUUUGUAUGAUAAUGUGAACAGUUUAAUUAAUAAUCAUCAAAUAAAAUAAUAGUGUACAAUAUUCCUGUUUUUCGCUAUAGUAAAAUUAUAUACCUCAUGUAAAUUCGAACGUUUUGUUGAAACAAUCAAAACAAAUCUAAACAAGUGAAGACUAGGUAAAGCUGAGAAAAAUGGAAGAGGAAAUUAAGCAGUUGAAAUCGGUCUUGAGGUCCCUCGUAGUGUCGAGUCCGACCCAGGUGGACGUGCGCUCGUUGUGCCGGGACUACCGGAACAUGGUCGGCAAGCAGAUUCCCAACGUUAAGUUCGGAUUUACGGACACGGCUACGUUUCUUAGAGAAAAAUUUAGUGACUGUUUUGUAUUUCAAGGGUCUGCAAUGAAUCCUGUUCUGACGUUGAUUGUCCCAGAUUCUUUAAAGCAUAUAGACAAGUUCGUACAAAAACAGAGGACACCCACAUCUGCUAAACUUAAAGGAAAAAGAAAAAGUGUACCAGAAUCAGUUGCUAAACCAGUUCAGACAGAUUUAAUUGUGAAGAGUUUUAAAGCAAAAAGUGCGCAGAAGGAACAAAUAAAGGCAGAGAGUGUUGAUACACUAACUGUAAAUAGUAAAAAUUCAAAACCAGUACAGACUUCAGAGAGUGAAAAAAGUGAAAAUGAAAUGUCAGUCAGUAAUGGAUAUUGUUCACAAAGAACUUUGAGAAACUUCCUUGAAAGGAGAACUGCACUCCAGUCGCAAACAAGUCUCAAGUCACUCUCUGUCAGUGAAAAGUCUUCUAGUGGAAAGGAUUCCACCAGCAAGGAUGAUGAUUCCGGAAGACAGACGUCUUCAAGUAUGAGCAGCGGCCAAAAAUCUCAGUUAGAACAAUUAAAACAAGAAUUGAGGGAUAUAAUACUGAGUCAUCCGGACGGGGUAUGGUGUGCGGAUAUUCUAAGAAUUUACAGGGAGCGGUACGGACGCGAGCUGGUGUUCCCGCGCUUCGGCUACUCCAGCGUGCUGGGCCUGGUGUUCGCCGUGCCCGACGUGGGCGUGUCGCGCCAGGCGCUGGGCGACUGGCUGCUGUACGACGCGCGCGCGCUGCCCGCCCUGGCCGCCGCGCCCGCCCCCGCGCCCGCCCCCGCGCCGCGGCCCUCCGCCCCCGACCCCGAAGACGCGUUGCCCGGCAUCGCCUUCGAUCCGGACGUGUUCCCCGAAGACUGCAUGCACUUCAUGGAUAGCAUCCCGUCGGAAUCUCUGGUGGAUAUUGAACCCGGUACUAUGUUAGAGGUGGUCGUCGCCGAAGUGUAUUCUCCUUCUCAUUUCUGGCUGCUACGUCUAGGCGAAAGCUACAACAUCGCCAUGGAGGACAUGAUGGAUGAGAUGAACGAGUACUACACGAAAGGCGAGGGCGCGAACAGAACGCUGGCGCUGGGCGCCGUGCGCGUCGGCCAGUACUGCGCCAGCUGCUACGAGGGCGACUGGCACCGCUCGCUCAUCGUCAAGGUCGUCGACAGCGACACCGUCAAGGUGCGGCACGUGGACUACGGCACGGUGGAGCGCGCGGCGGCGGCGGCGCUGCGGCCGCUGGCGCGGCGCUGGGCGGCGCUGCCGGCGCAGGCGCUGCGCGCGCGCCUGGCCGCCGCGCGCCCGCCCGCCGCCGGCCGGCGCUGGCCGCGCGCCGCCGCCGCCGCCUUCCUGCGCCUGGUGCGCGAGCGCCGCCUCGUGGCCAACGUCGUGGCCGCCGACCCGCGCGACGGCGCGCUCGAGGUGCUGCUCAUCGACACGAGCGGCGCGCGCGACCGCUGCCUGGCCGCCGAGCUCGUGCGCGCCGGCCACGCCGACGCGCGCCCCGACUCCGCGCUGGCGACGUCGGAGUGUUACCUGUACCCUCGGUUCGAGGCGCUGGAGAACGGCGAUACGCCCAACUUCGCGGAGAUCCACGCCUACCUGCGCGACGGGAUCGCGCUCGAGUGCGUCGACGACUACCGCCGGCACGUGCCGCCCUGCCUGCCCGACGCGCCCGCCACGCCGUCUCCGUCCCCGCCCCCGCCACCCCCAUCGCCGCCCCCGUCGCCGCCCCGACCGCCUACCACCGCCCCGUCCUUCCCGCCUGUUGGUCCUACUCUCGAGCCCUCGCCGCCCGCCGCCCCCGCCUGGGACGCUGGCACGCCCACGUCGCCCACCGCCCCCGGCUGGGGCGCUGGCACGCCCACGCCGCUCGCCGCCCCCGCCUGGGGCGCUGGCAUGCCCACGCCGCCCGCUCCCGUGCCCUUGCCGUUCGCAACCCCCAUGCCGGGCGUCGCGGGGGCAUGGGACACUCGCACAGUCACGCUGUCGGCGCAGGAGUGCGAGACGUACGCGCUACUAAGUGUGCUGCAGCCGGUGGCAGCGCACCGCUUUAUGCUGGCUGCGCUAUCGCGUGCACUGGCGCCCCACCCCGCAAUGGACUCGCUGGCGCCCCGCCCCGCACAAGACUCGCUGGCGCCCCGCCCCGCACAAGACUCGCUGGCGCCCCGCCCCGCACUAGACCCGCUGGCGCCCCGCCCUACACUGGAUCCGUUGGCGCCUGAGUUCAAGAUGGCGCCGCGCGGCCGGCCCGACAUCCGCCCGCCGCCCGGAUUCGAACUCGACGACAGACGACUACACUAG